CCUAAGUUUGUACGUAUGACAAUAAUCUCCAUUUUACCAGUGUCUGUCACCUACUCUCUCAAGUCAAGAUGGAGCUGAACAAAGGAAGCACAGUGGCCCGACUUCAAUCUGUGAAGCGUAAUUCCGGCAAGUCGUACAGUGAGUUAGCAGAGGAGACAGGACUCACCAAUGUCUAUGUUGCCCAGCUUCUGAGGAGACAAGCUCAGCUGAAACCUGACACUGCCCCUAAACUGCAGGCUGCGCUGCCCGACCUGACCGAUGAACUUGUUCAUGAGAUGAUGACACCCCCUUUGAGGUCCUAUGACCCAAAUCUCAUCCAAGACCCCACUGUCUACAGGUUGAAUGAAGCUGUCAUGCAUUUUGGGGAGAGCAUCAAAGAAAUAAUCAAUGAGGACUUUGGUGAUGGGAUCAUGUCAGCAAUAGAUUUCUUCUGCUCAGUUGACAAAGUUAAAGGAGUAGAUGGGAAGGAUCGUGUGGUACUGACAUUUGAUGGGAAAUAUUUGCCACAUACUGAGCAGAUAACAGAGAACAUGGUUUCAAGAACAAGGCCACAGGGAAAGCAGUGAGUGUCUUCAUGCCAAAAACUUCAACGCCUGUCUUUCUGCGCUUAUCAUACCUGUACUUUAUAAUACUGCAAGCUGUAUUUGAUCACUGCUAUCCUGUGUUGCCUAUAGAAACAUGGAAUGUAAAAAUAAACGAAUAAGAUUUAAAAACUAAAAGCAGCCAAGCCAACCAUGGCCAUUUAUACUAUCGUUUAUGGCUUUGGAGAUUUCA